UGGCAAAGGAGACAAGAAGGCAGCCAAAAAACAAAAGCUUCUUGUUCCAAGAAUCUUCUUCGGACUACGGAGGCCUCUGCCGUGUUCAGGUAAUAUCCUCCCGGUAAAGUGGUAGAGUCCUUCGUCCUCCUUCCUACCUGGCUAAAUUAAAUGGACGAAAUUUUGGAUAACAGCCAGUCCUUGAUUGCUCGCAUCCAACAGUUGGAACGAGAGCGUGAUGAAUUACACAAAGAUAUUGAACAGUUGUGCAUGCAACAAGCUGGACCUAGCUACCUGGGAGUGGCUACUCGAAUGCACUUUCAGCGGACAGCUGCGCUGGAGCAGGAGAUUGAGAGCUUGAAAAAGAAGUUAGCUGUAUGUACAAGAGAGAAUCAGAAUCUUCAAGAGGAGCUUUCUGAGGCAUAUCAUAUAAAAAGCCAACUUGCGGAGCUACAUGGUGCUGAAGUCUCAAAGAAUAUAGAAGCAGAGAAGCAGCUUAAAUUCUUCCAAAAUUGUGUUGCAGCUGCUUUUGCUGAGCGGGAUAAUGCGAUUAUGGAGGCAGAGAAAGCAAAGGAAAAAGAGGAGCUUGCAUCACUGGAAUUGAACAAUUACAAAAAGAGGAUUGAAGAGCUCACUUGUGAAUAUCUUGAAGAAAAGAAACUCCUAGCUGCAGCACAGGCUGAUCAGGAAACACAUGAGAAGCAGAUUGAUUCUUUCAGAAAGGUUAUUGACAAAUUUUAUGCCAUCAGACAGCAAACCUUGAAGGUUUUUGAGGACACUAGCUGGGAAGAUAAAUGCAAGCAUCUUUUGAAUGAUUCUACAGAAAUGUGGACUUUUUGUAAUCAGGAAGAAGCAUCCACCUCAAAAUAUGUUAGUGCUUUGCAAGAAGAAGUAGAGACGCUGAGAAAGUCUUUGGAUAAUCUUCAUAGAAAGCUGCAAGUGGGACUGGAAAUUGAAAGUCAUCUGAAGAGGAAAGUUUUCGCUUUGGAAAAGGAGAAAGUUGUUUUACUGGAGAGGAUCGAGAACAGGAUAUCAGCAUUGCUUGAUUACCAUUCCAAGCACAGGACAAAUGUAAUGAAUUUACUGGAUGAAGGGUAUUCCCUUAUAGAAUCCAAUAUUAUUGAAGUUGAAGAAAAGCUCAGGCAGCUUGAAUUAAGUGGCAAACAAAGUCUCAGAUCUUCUCAGGCAGAAGAUCUAGUGUUACAUGAAAGUGACUGUCGAGAUGUACAUGUAAAUAAUGAUGUAAGCUGGGCUUCAACUGCUCAGGCAAGUUUCUGGAAGAGGGAUGAUCCUGGAGCCACAACAGCAAUUAGUGUCAAAACUGGGGAUGUCUCUGAACCCCUUGCUCAGGCACUGCAAGAGAAGGUUGCAGUACUGUUGCUUCUUUCACAAGAAGAAGAAAGACAUUUGCUAGAGAGAAAUCUGAACAUAGCUCUUCAGAAAAAGAUUGAGGAACUUCAGAGAAAUCUACUACAAGUUACGCAUGAAAAGGUAAGAGCUCUUAUGGAGCUUGCACAGCUGAAGCAGGAAUUCCAAGUUCUUCGAGAGAAUGUUAAUCAAGAUAAAAGAGAGGGCCAAGCCUGUGCUGCAAGUGGGGGACAAAGGAUAAUUCAGGAUAGAGAUGGAAAAUUAAAAAAUUUGCUGAAGAAGACUUAUCUGAGACACUGGGUUGGUAAUAUUGAUUCUGACACAGAUAAUGCUGAUACUCACCUGAAUUAUGAGGGGAACUUCAACCAAAAAAAAUCCACCUCUAGUGUGGAUUUUGCAAGGAUAAAGAUUGAAAAUGCAGCCCUGCAGGAGAGCCUGGAAAGUAUGGAGUAUCUAACCUCUUCAGUACGUAAGCUCCGUCUUGCACUCUUGAAGGCAAAUGAGUCAGCUGUAUUAGAAGGCAUAAAUACUGGUUUGGCGGAAGCUGUCUAUGACAUCAUUACAGAAGCCAGGUUGCUUAAAACUGCUCUUGGUAGCUCACUUCCAAUCAGUUGGUCAGCUGAGGCAGAUGUAGAAUCACAGGUUGACCGUUUUGAGGAAGCAAUUGGUUCAAGUGAUGCAAAUUCUAGUAAUGAGAAAGUAGAUUUUGUCUCUGCUGCUGGACUUGAGAUGGUGGACCUCUUGCUUUUUGCAGCUCGAUUAUGCAAAGAGCGCCUUGCAAGAAGUUAGAGUUCUUGCACGGGGAAAUGAUACAUUGUACAGUUUGGGAUAGACCUCACCAUUUGGAUCUCUGGUUGAGUUUCAGUCUUGCUAUAGGGUGAUGAAAGGACACGUACAAUUUACAAUCUGUACAUGGUGUGGUUCUUCCAACUUGCUUGUGUACUGAUUAACAUGAUGUAUUGUGGCGCAAGGUUUAGUCAGCAAUAUUACUGCAUACUGUACAGUGGUCGGUCAAUUCUUUGAUAUCUUUUCUGAUAUAAGUUGAAAUGUUGUAAAUUCAAACCUUGUAAAUAUUUCUUGAAUAGCAUAUUAAUUUAUUUGUAAAAUGAAGGCUGAAUUUCUUUGUCAA